AUAGGAAAGCUUUUUCAUGUUCAUGGUGUUUGCAAUUCGUUCUGUCAAUAGAUUCAAUUUCCAUUUUGAUCUUUACGCUUUACUUACACUAUUUUAGCAUUUUAAAGUGUGGGAACAUCUCUCGAAACAACACGUUCCCUGCAAAACAUUCAUAAAAGGACUGUUUUACCAGUGCUGCGGGAGAUGGACUGGCUACAGAUGGGAUUUAUGUCAUGCGGAGAUGCAUGUCCAUGACAAUUCUAUUAGAGUCCAUGUGGACACCAUGCUUUAGAAAAUACUACACGCUGUUACUAAUGGAUGCAGGUGCUCAUCGGCUUGGCAGUUGAGCAGCAGCGACAUCAAUUUUUACAGACUUGGCGUUUAUCGUGUGCUUGGAAGAUAUUCAACACUUUUAGGAAAAUAAAUGGUAUCCUUAGCACCGUGUGGGGACAUGGAGCCAGAAGCUGGAGAUCCAGAGGAGACAACAUUGAAAACUGAGAUGUUUGAGAUAUCAGAAGAUCCGAAAAGUGAAGAAACUGUUUUGCAGCCCUGGGAGGAACCAAUAAUGGAGUUGCAGAAAAUGAAUAUCACUGAAAAGGAGAUCGAGAAGAAAAUAGCAGAAGUGGAUGAAGAAGGAAGUGAGGAAAGAGAUGAAAUGGAGAAUAAAGAGGCAGAUGAGAGCGAAGAAGAGUUUGCCGAAAGCUUUACAGAUGCUAAUGCCUCCACCAGUUACCCAACAAAUGAGCCCAAUACUUCAAAUACCCACAUCAGCCCUCCUAAAUCCAAUGAAUCAGACAUGGAGGACAGAGGAAAACUGUCUAAGACUCCCAGCUUUGGGAAAAUGGUUCGAUUUAAGGAAAUUGAAGCGGUGGAGGAAAGGGACACCUCAGACGACACUCUUUUUCCAGACUUUGACAUGGAAGAGUGGACCUCCAGCAGCUUUGAGGAACUUUUUCUGGCAGACGACUGGAAGGACAUUACAGAUGACUGUCUGCUAAAGAAGAAAGUGUUACAGGCCGGUGCCGAGAAUGCCCUGACCCCGGCUUGGGGUCAAGAGGUCGCACUGAAAAUGCAGGGUGUGCUUGAGGACAGGACUGUGGUGGAGAAAGACAGUAAACUGGUCUUCAUUAUCGGAGAGGGAGAUGUCACCCAGGCCCUGGAAGAGUGUGCCAUUUCAAUGAAGAAAGGGGAGAUCGCUUUACUUCUUGCAGAUUCACAAUACACCUAUGGACUCCUGGGAAGGGAGCCUGAUAUACCAGCCUGGGCACCUCUCCUGUAUCAGCUGCAGCUUCUCGACUUCAGAGAAAAGCCAGACCCUCUUUUACUGCCCGUCCCUGACCGCAUCCGCAUCGGCAACCAGAAACGAGAGCGAGGAAAUUUCUACUUCCAGAGGGAAGAGUUUAGCAAGGCAGUACAGGCUUACUGCAUGGCUCUAGAUGUGCUUACAACGCGCACAAACGAUGGUCAAAACUGUAUGGCCGAGGAAGAAGAAGAAGUGAACGAUUACCGAGUGAAAUGUCUGAAUAAUCUGGCAGCAGCACAGCUGAAGCUUGGACAUUUCGAUGAGGCGCUGCACACCAGUCAAGAUGUGCUGUUUCUGGAUCCCCAGAACGUCAAAGCAUUGUUCAGGAAAGGAAAGCUUUUAUCAGACAAGGGCGAGUAUGAGGAGGCCAUGGAGACCUUGAAGAAGGCUUUGAAACUGGAGCCGUCAACCAAGGCUAUUCAUGCUGAACUUUCCAAACUGGUAAAAAGACAGGCGGGGGAAAAUGAGACCCAGAACUGGCAAGCUAAACCAGCUCGAGUUUUCGGCGAAAACAUUGCGCCCUUUCUGACACCUCCUCCCAAAAAGAAGCCGUUUGGAAUUUCUUGGAAGUUUCUGCUCGGAGCUCUGGUGGUGGCAUUGGGCAGUUUAGUCACAUCUGUGGUCCUGACCGCACGGAACUAGCUCUGUCGACCUACUUGCAAAUUAACUACAAGUCUCACAAACUAACAUUCCGCAGAACUGCCAAGAGACGAAGGGAAAAAAUGCACUGAACUGUUUAAAGAACAGUUUGGGCAGCUCUACCGGUGGCACACCGACUUAAGCAAAGCAGAAUGUACCCACAGAAAAAAGGGCAAGGCAAAUGCAUUCCAAAAAUCUGCAA